AAACCUAGAUUAAUGCAAAGAUGGCGAAGUAGUCCCUUCCGCUCCGCGAAGAUCAAUCUAUCUUGUGUCAAUUGACUCAACAGAAGUCGUCGUUGGUUCAAUGCCUGGAUUCUCUCUCUUUGCCCACCAACCUCAGGCACGAUAACGCUGACCUUCCAAUCAGAAUUAGGGUUCAGAAAUCAGAAGUGGAUCGAUUCGCAGAGAAAGCUGAAACGAACGAAACCCUAGACGAUGGAAGGAGGACAGGCUGGCAGUGGUGGCAGCACCAGUGGAGGUCCGGCGCCGUUCCUUCUGAAAACCUACGACAUGGUCGAUGACUCUUCCACCGACGAAAUCGUCUCCUGGAGCUCCAAAAAGAAUAGCUUCGUCGUCUGGAAUCCGCCGGAGUUUGCUCGUCUCCUCCUCCCUACUUAUUUCAAGCACAACAACUUCUCCAGCUUCAUCAGGCAACUCAACACCUAUGGAUUUCGAAAGAUUGACCCAGAGAGAUGGGAGUUUGCCAAUGAUGAUUUUGCAAAGGAUCAGAAGCAUUUGCUUAAGAACAUCCACCGCAGGAAGCCUAUACAUAGCCAUAGUCAGCCUCAGGGCUCUUCAGGAGAUUCAGAAAGAGCAGCACUGGAGGAAGAAAUUGGUAGGCUCUCACAAGAGAAAGAUGCUCUUCACAAUACCCUCUGCACAUUUAAACAGCAGCAGUCAGUGACAAAGGUCCAAUUGGAAGAUUUAGAGCGCAGGGUACAUGAAAUGGGUCAGAGACAGCUGAGGAUGAUGAACUUCUUGGCCAAGGCAGUUCAGAACCCUACUUUUGUAGAGAAUCUUAUUCAAAUGGUUGGAUCAUGUAUGGAUAUUGAAGCAAUUACUAAGAAAAGACGAAUACCAAUUGCUGAUUACUCUCAUGAAAUUUUAGAUGACAGCCUUAUGGAUGACCAUAGCAGUAACUCAAAGUCUGAAUUUGGGCAUAUUUUUCACCAGGAUUUCUCCAAUAAGCUAAAACUUGAGCUCUCACCAGCUGUUUCAGAUAGUAAUUUGGUUUCCCAAAGUACACAAAGUUCCAAUGAAGAUGGGAGGAGUCCACAGAGGAAAACAUCUGAAUGUGACAUGAGGGAUGGACGCAUCAGAACAGAAGUUCUUUCAUUUUCACCGGAAAGAUUAGAGCUUUCUGAUACUGGAACAUCUUUUGCAUUGAAAAAGGAUGCUCCCAUGCUGGGGCAAGUGAGAGAAAAUGAAAGCUCAAGGUUUCAUUCCGUGCAGCAUGGUAUAACUUCUACUGAGGAAGGUGAUGGUCAUAUCUCGUGCCAUUUAAAUCUAACACUUGCAUCUUCUGCACUGCAAGAAAGUGGCAGCAAUUGUUCUGCUAGAGUUUCUCAGUUGGACCAGGAUGCUAAUGCUUCCAGUGCACUGAGGUCAAUUGUCAAUGGUAAAGAAACUGAUGCUAAAGUUGUCUCAAAGGACAGAGAUUAUUCUAAUGAUGAUGUGACUGCUUCUUCACAAGAGGCCCCAGUUAAUAGUCAAGGACCUGCAGUUCCCCAGGGUCGGGUCAAUGAUUUAUUCUGGGAACAGUUUUUGACUGAAAGGCCAGGCUCUUCUGACAAUGAAGAAGCAAGUUCUUGUUUCAGGGCAAACUCAUUUGAUGAUCAGGAAGAUAGAAAGCCAGGGUAUGCCAAGUCAUGGAGAAACAGAAAGGAUAUGGAGCAGCUCACUCUCUGAUAAUUCAUGUUGUGUAAAAGUUCAUUGACAAGAUUCAUAAAGGACCUCUCUUGGGAUUGUGCUACUAUGUGUAAGAUAUCACAUCUAGUUAUCUAUCCUGUAUCUACUAAUAUCUGAAAUAUUUUCCUGUUCAUUAUGUUAAAUUUGAUGUGAGGCCACCUGUCAUAUUGCACCAUAUAUAAAUGCAUUAGUUCUUGGCCAUUCUUUCAUAUCAAUAAGAUUUAUGUUUAUUUGAUCCCCAUCA